AUGACAACAGAAGUCCAAAGAGGUCUGAAGAUGCAGGAAAGUCGACUUUUAUCAACUCCGCAAUCUCAACUAGAUGAACAGGACGAUGAGGAAUGGUCUCCGAUUCAGCUUGCCGCUGCGCAAGGGAACCUAUGCCAGGUACAGCGGCUCUUAGCCCAACUAGUGGACCCCAAUGAUCCCCCUAAAGGCUACUAUGGGCAGACAGCCCUUCAAGCCGCCUCCAAUAAUGGACAUCUCGCCGUGGUUGAGACGCUGUUAGUGGCAGGGGCAGACGUUAACGCUCCUGGUGGAAACAAUGGUGGCAGAUCAGCAGUUGUACUGGCCUCUGGAGCGGGCUAUCUGAAUAUCGUCAACCACUUAGUUUCCGCCGGAGCCGAUAUCAACUGCCCACCCCAUCAGUAUGCGGGACGAACAGCCUUACAGGCCGCCGCCGAGGGUGGCCAUAUCGAGCUACUGAAAUGGCUGCUUCAGCAAGGCGCAGAGAUUAAUGCUCCUACAGCCAAGAAUUCAGGUCGUACCGCACUUCAAGCUGCUGCGUUACAAGGUCACGCCGAUAUCGUGGAAAUUCUCCUACACCACAAGGCCUGCGUGAAUACCCGAGCCGUAAGGUAUAAAGGCUUUACGGCCCUUCAGGGCGCAGCCUUUAGCGGUCAUCGCGAGAUUGUCCGUCGACUGUUAGAUGCAGGAGCCGAUGUGAACGCUGAAGGCUCAUAUUAUAACGGAUUUACGGCGCUUUCGGCAGCGGCAGAAUCUGGCCAUCAUGAGAUUGUCCGGAUGUUACUCGAUGCGGGGGCAGAUGUCUCCCUCACAUCAGGAAAUAAAAAGUGGACGGCAGCACAGAUUGCGACCUUCAGAGGGCAAAAUGCCAUCACGCAAAUUUUCCAACAGAUUAACCAGACGGAGAAGAUAGUCUAA